AUGAGCCAGAGAUUCACCGUCUGCAAGAGCGACGGCGCCCGACGCCCCUCAGACAUCCAGGGGGAGGUGAACCAGCUGUUCGAGGGGGACGAGCCCCCGACCCCCGGCGGCGCGGAGGGCGAUGAUCCGGCCGGUGCAGAAGUGGUGGUGGUGCUGCAAGGUGACAGUAAUCCCAAGGAGAGCAGCCCCUUCAUCAACAGCAGUGAUGCUGCUGCAGAGAAGAGCCAGCAGUAUGACGGCAAGAACAUGGCCUUGUUUGAGGAGGAGAUGGACACCAGCCCCAUGGUGUCGUCUCUCCUCAGCAGCCUGGCCAACUACUCCAACCUGCCCCAAGGUAGCAAGGAGCACGAGGAGGCCGAGAACAACGAGGCCGAGUCAUCGCGCAAGAAACCCAUCAAGGCCCCCCAGCUCGGCACUCUGAUGGGUGUCUACCUGCCGUGCAUCCAGAACAUCUUCGGAGUGAUCCUCUUCCUCAGGAUGACCUGGUUGGUGGGAAUCGGAGGCGUCGUCGGGACCUUCAUCAUCGUCUUCAUGUGCUGCACCACAACCAUGCUGACUGCCAUCUCGAUGAGUGCCAUCGCCACCAAUGGAGUAGUGCCAGCUGGAGGCUCCUACUACAUGAUAUCCCGUUCGCUGGGCCCUGAGUUUGGGGGAGCCGUGGGGAUCUGUUUCUAUCUGGGGACCACCUUCGCUGGAGCCAUGUACAUCCUGGGGGCCAUUGAGCUCCUCCUGAUCUACAUAGCGCCCAAGGCGGCCAUCUUUCCCCUGGAGGGCCUGGAGGGCCCCGAGGCGGAGGCCGCCCUGCUGAACAACAUGCGCGUGUACGGGACCAUCCUGUUGACCUCCAUGGCCACGGUGGUGUUUGUCGGCGUGAAGUACGUCAACAAACUGGCCCUGGUGUUCCUGGCCUGCGUCAUCCUCUCCAUCCUGGCCGUCUACGCCGGCGUCAUCAAGACCGGCAUCGAUGCUCCGGAUUUCCCUGUGUGUCUCUUGGGCAACCGAACUUUGAUUUGGAAGACCUUCGAUGUGUGUGCCAAGACCGUUGAGACAGGUAAUGGGACAGUCACCACCCAGCUGUGGCGCAUGUUCUGUGACUCACCUCUCCUCAACGCUACCUGCGACAAGUUCUUCACGGCCAACAAUGUGACCCAGAUACAGGGCAUCCCGGGGAUCACCAGUGGAAUCCUGGCAGAGAACCUUUUUGGGACUUACUAUGAGAAAGGGGACCUGAUUGCCAGAACUAACAUGGAGUCAGCCGAGGACCUGGACGACCCUCUGACCAACUCAAACCGCUACGUGUUGGCCGACAUCGCCAGCUUCUUCACGUUGCUGGUCGGCAUCUACUUCCCCUCUGUGACAGGGAUCAUGGCCGGCUCCAACCGCUCCGGAGACCUGCGUGAUGCCCAGAAGUCCAUCCCCGUUGGAACCAUUGCAGCCAUCACCACCACCUCCUUUGUCUACAUGUCCAGUGUGAUCCUGUUUGGUGCCUGCAUCGAGGGCGUGGUCCUUAGGGACAAGUUUGGAGAGGGAGUCCACGGGAAUUUGGUGAUUGGCACAUUGGCUUGGCCGUCACCAUGGGUGAUCGUGAUUGGCUCCUUCUUCUCCACCUGCGGGGCGGGGCUGCAGAGUCUGACGGGAGCUCCUCGUCUCAUGCAGGCCAUCGCCAAGGACGGCAUCGUGCCCGCCCUCCGGAUAUUCGGCCACGGAAAGGCCAACGGAGAACCCACAUGGUCCCUCCUGCUGACAGCUUGUAUCUGUGAGAUUGGCAUCCUCAUAGCUUCCCUGGACGCAGUAGCUCCCAUCCUCUCCAUGUUUUUCCUGAUGUGCUACAUGUUUGUGAACUUGGCCUGUGCUCUGCAGACGCUACUGCGGACUCCAAACUGGAGACCCCGUUUCAAGUUCUACCACUGGGCUCUGUCUUUCCUGGGGAUGAGCUUGUGUCUCACUCUCAUGUUCCUCUGCUCCUGGUACUACGCCAUCGUCGCCAUGGUUAUUGCCGGCUCUAUCUACAAGUAUAUCGAGUUUGCAGGUGCGGAGAAAGAGUGGGGAGAUGGGAUACGAGGUCUGUCUCUGAGCGCUGCACGUUACGCUCUCAUGCGGCUGGAAGAAGGUCAACCGCACACCAAGAACUGGAGGCCCCAGCUGCUGACUCUAGUUAGUACAGACGCAGAGCAGAACGUGGAGCAGCCUCGUCUGCUCUCUCUGACCAACCAGCUGAAGGCAGGCAAAGGUCUGACCAUCGUUGGAACAGCUCUCGAGGGAACCUACCUGGAGAACCACGAACAGACCCAGCGUGCCGAGCAGGCGCUGCGUAAACUGAUGGAGACUGAGAAGGUGAAGGGAUUCUGUCAGGUGACCGUGUCCUCGAACCUGCGCGACGCCACCUCCCACCUCCUCCAGGCCAGCGGGCUAGGAGGCCUGAAACAUAACGCUGUGCUGGUGUCCUGGCCACGCAACUGGAGGCAGGGAGACGAACACCAGACCUGGAGGAACUUUGUUGAGUUGGUCAGAGAAACCACCGCCGCUCACCUGGCUCUGCUUGUCCCGAAGAACAUCUCGGCCUUCCCGUCUAAUGGAGAGCGCUUCACUGAGGGUCACAUUGACGUUUGGUGGAUCGUCCAUGAUGGAGGCAUGCUGAUGCUGCUGCCCUUCCUUCUCCGACAGCACAAGGUUUGGAGGAAGUGCAAGAUGCGCAUCUUCACUGUGGCCCAGUUGGACGACAACAGCAUCCAGAUGAAGAAAGACCUGACCACAUUCCUCUAUCAUCUCCGUAUCGAAGCCAUGGUGGAAGUUGUAGAAAUGCAUGACAGUGACAUCUCGGCCUACACCUACGAGAAGACCCUGGUGAUGGAGCAACGGUCGCAGAUGCUGAAACAGAUCAACCUGACCAAGACUGAGCGUGAGAGAGAGAUCCAGAGUAUCACUGAUUCAUCCCGCGGGUCGAUCCGCCGUAAGAACCCGGCCGCCGUCACCACCCAGCUGAGUGUGACCGAGGACCCGCCAGCAGCCAGCAAGGAGGAGAAGCCCGAGGAAGAGGUCCAGCUCAUCCACGACAACACCACACCCGCCAGCCCGGCCACCCCGGCCACUCCGCUGACCCCCGCAGAGGGGGCUCAGAGCCCCGGGGAGCAGGUCCAGAUGACCUGGACUGAGAAGUUAGACGGCGAGCCAGCCAAGCCGCCCGGCGCGGCCACACCGGAGGGCAUCAAAGACAUCUUCAACAUGAAGCCCGAGUGGGAGAACCUGAACCAGUCCAAUGUGCGACGUAUGCACACAGCGCUCCGGCUGAAUGAAGUCAUCAUCAAAAAGUCCUCAGAGGCCAAGCUGGUCCUCCUCAACAUGCCCGGGCCGCCCAAGAACCGGUCAGGUGACGAGAACUACAUGGAGUUCCUCGAGGUCCUCACCGACGGUCUCAACCGGGUCCUCCUGGUCCGCGGAGGCGGCCGCGAGGUCAUCACCAUCUACUCCUGA